AUGUCUUCUCUACGGUUGUCUUUCGACUUGGUUGCGGAAACGGUUUCCCACCUCUCUAAUGAUAGACAAACGCUCCAUUCGUGCUUCCUUGUUAACAGACUAUGGUGCGAGGCCACCGUAGCUAUACUCUGGAGUAAACCAUUCGAAUUGAUAGGUCCCAGUGUUACACGCAAAUGGAAAAAGCAUGCACCCAUACUUAUUGAAGUAUGCUUCAUGUUUCUGGGGGAUCAUAUGAAAAAGCAACUGAACUUGCAGAGAAUGCGACACGCAAAGUCAACCUUUCCAUAUAUUGGAUACAUAUCCCAAGUGAAUCUAUAUGAUAUACUAAGAGCCAUAGGAUAUUGGUAUGAGUGUAGAAGGACCAACAGCAGCGAACAAUCAAAGCCAAGGUCACUGUCUUUCAAAAGAAGCAAAAAGGUAUCGAAACCAAGCGGUCACGACGAGUUUACCGUUGAUCUCAUUGAUAAAACAUUCUUAGAAUUGAUUGAAUUGGUGUCACCCAAUCUGCAUACAUUAACCAUUGAAUCGGAAUUAUCUCACUCGGGCGGGCUUCUGAGACAGUGCAUGACUCGUGAUAAGAUCUUGCGGCAUAUCAACACUCUCACUGCACGUGUAAAUAAAGUCUGUGGAUUGAUCAUCGAAGGCCGUAAACAAAGACUGUCACCGCCGACAGGAGGUAUUGAUGUAUCCCCGUUGCUUAUGGGACAGAACCGUCUGCAAAAACUUAAAAUACAAGGGUAUCCUACGCGACUAGGUAUAAUAUUGUCGAUGCUCCCGACGUUAGCACAUUGCAUUAGUAACAUCUCGUUUUGCUCGAUCAAUUUCAACGAAAGACUGUCACUUAGCGACCUAGCAGCAUGUAGCAACCUGCAAAAACUAUGUUUCAAGCGAUGUUCUGUGCCAGAUCAAGUUAAAUCUACCCUCUCAAAUGCAAGAAUGACAUCUCUACGUACAUUAAAAGUUAUUGGGACAAGUAUCGAUAUUGGUAUACUAGAUACGAUUAUUAAAAAUACCAAUGGUAGCAUCGAGAAGAUUGUCAGCGAUGGGGUUGAAUCCGAGUUCUCACAGAGAUUUUGGCCAUCAGUUGGUCUGGUCAGUCAGUACUGUCCUAAUAUCAGAUAUAUCCAGAUGAAGAUUUACAAUGUAGAUGCCGGCGAUUUGAAUCUUUUUAGAAUAUCAUGUAAGAAAUUAUGCGUGAUGACGUUGUAUGUUGGUAGUUGGCAGCGAUCUACACUCUUUUAUGAAUUUUCGGAUUGUAAGAUCACUUGCAUUAAGGAUGAGGGGACGGCGAUCAUAUACCAAGUACAAUUGCCGUUCCGUUCAUAUGUGAGUUGA